UCCAGCGCCCGUCCCGACGCCACGCCGCGCUGCGUCGAUGCUAUCCGAAAAUCGAUAUUAUCGUAACACCCACGUAUAACAUUUUAUUGCCAAACGUAAAUAUUUUAUGGCUGUUUAAAAAGUUUUACUGUGACGUCCCUUAAUACAUCAUUGUAAUUCUCCGCGUCCUUAUUCUGAUACAUUUUAUCAACAUCUGUGACACUAAAUUCAGUCUGUAAACACAACGCAAUUUCUACCAGCUGUUUCCGUAUGUUAUUAAACUUCACAUGUCAAAAAGUUUACAAUGGAUUUAAAUUUAUCAGGGUCGGUAAUUGACGAAAGCGAUGUCUAAAAAGAUGAAGAGUAAUACUGUUACGCUUUUACAAAUGCAGAGACAUUUUCGUCGCAAGAGCUAAAUGACCGACGACGCGCCGGGGAAGUUGGCAAGCGAGGCGCGCGCGUCUCUCGUGACGCGGCGACUUUUCCGUGAGCCCUGCGCGUCCGCCGCUCUCAGUCACCACCGGCAACGCUCGAGGAUAUGCCCGUGUUAUGGAUUACCAAUGUAUCGUCGUCUACACUGUUAUCAACAUUGCACCACCGCGUCUCACAUCGCAAGCGGCCGGUCUAUCCAAUGGAUGCAUCGCUUGGUUCAAAAACAAGCUUAAAAGAGCAGUGGCAGUAUACCUCGAAUCGCUUAAAAUAACGCCAGGUAAUGGUUUUGUGCAUGGAACUUUGGCGUGUGUCUAUUAUAAACAGGGUCUUAUAGACCUGGCAAUAGACACUUACAAGCGAGCAAUAGAGCUUCAACCUAAUUUUCCUGACGCAUACUGUAAUCUUGCUAAUGCACUUAAAGAAAAAGGACUCGUGUCAGAGGCUGAAGAUUGUUAUAACGCAGCUUUGCGUUUAUGCCCAUCGCACGUCGAUACGUUAAAUAAUCUUGGUAAUGUUAAGAGGGAACAAGGAAAAAUUGAAGAGGCAACUGUUUUGUACAUGAAAGCAUUAGAAGUUUUUCCUAAUUUUGCCGCCACGCAUAGCAAUUUGGCUUCCUUAUUACAACAACAAGGUAAACUACAUGAAGCAUUAAUGCAUUAUAGGCAAGCUAUUAACAUUCAACCAAAAUUUGCUGAUGCUUAUAGUAACAUGGGAAAUACGUUCAGAGAAUUAAAAGACAUAGGAGGUGCGUUAGUAUGUUUCAAAAAAGCAAUUGAACUCAAUCCCACGUUUGCUGACGCACAUUGCAAUCUAGGUAGCAUUUUAAAAGAUAUGGGUAAUAUUUCGGAAGCUAUUUCAUGUUACGAAAAUGCUUUAAAAAUAAAACCGGAUUUUCCCGAUGCCUACUGUAAUUUAGCGCAUUGUUUCCAAUUAAUAUGCAUUUGGGAUUGCUAUGAUGAAAGAAUGAAAAACAUAACAGCAAUUGUGGAAAAGCAACUACAUUCAGAGAAACUACCGUCGAUUCAUCCUCACCAUUCCAUUUUAUAUCCAUUAUCAAAUAAAGCAAGAAAAGAAAUUGCAGAAAGGCACGCGAAUUUAUAUGCAGAGAGAGUAAAUAUGGUUAAUAAUCCAACUUUUACUUAUAGUGAAUUAAACUAUGACCGAUUACGUAUUGGUUAUGUAAGUAGCGAUUUUGGGAAUCAUCCUACAUCACAUCUUAUGCAAUCCAUACCAGGAUUACAUGACCAAUCUAAGUUUGAAAUAUUUUGCUAUGCUUUAAAUCCAGAUGAUGGUACAACAUUCCGUAGAAAGAUAAACCAAGAAUCAGAACAUUUUGUUGAUUUGUCUCAAAUAACUUGCAACGUGGAGGCAGCCAAAAAAAUAAACGAUGACAAUAUACACAUUUUGAUUAAUAUGAAUGGUUACACUAAGGGAGCAAGGAACGAAAUUUUUGCUAUAAAGCCUGCACCGAUUCAGGUUAUGUGGCUAGGAUAUCCAGGAACUAGUGGCGCAAAUUACAUAGACUAUGUUAUAACUGAUGAAACGUCGAGUCCUAUAUCAGCUGUUAAUGAUUUUAGUGAGAAAUUUGCUUACAUGCCACAUACUUACUUUAUCGGUGAUCAUAAGCAAAUGUUUCCGCAUUUAAUUAAACAAUACAAAGUAAGAAUUGAAGAUGAUGAGACGAUUUAUGAUAACAUAACAAUAAUCAACGGACCAGAGAACGUCGACAUCAAUCAAAUUUUUCUUGUUAGUGAAGAGAAACAAUGUAUAAAAUUUGAGAACUUGAAACCAAUAAAUAUAGUUGAAAAUAUAUUAUACAUUCCGAGAAAAGUGACAGAAAUAGAAAUAAAUCCAACAUUAGAUAAGGUUAUUGUAAAUGGGAAACCUAUUUGUAACGGUAAAUUUAUAAAUUCUAGUAAUGAAAGGCAGGGAUCAGGACAGGAAGUAGUUGACAAUAUAAUAUUUACUUCAAGGAAGCAAUAUGGACUUCCAAGUGAUGCGGUAGUUUAUUGUAAUUUUAAUCAGCUAUAUAAGACUGACCCCAAAAUUUUGGAGACUUGGGUUGAAAUACUAAAAAUGGUGCCAAAUAGCGUUCUUUGGCUUUUAAGCUUUCCACCUGCCGGUGAACCAAAUAUCUUAAGAUAUGUACAGAGCUUAGGGUUAUCUCCCAGACGUGUGAUAUUUUCUAAAAUAGCAUGUAAGGAAGAACAUGUACGGAGGGGUCAAUUGGCUGAUGUAUGUUUAGAUACACCUUUGUGUAACGGACACACCACAGCUAUGGACAUUCUAUGGGCGGGUACACCAAUAGUUACAAUGCCGGGGGUUACCUUAGCAUCGAGAGUUGCUGCGUCGCUGUUGAAAACUCUUAAUUGUCCCGAACUGAUUGCUAAAGACAGGAACAAUUACGUGGGCAUAGCAGUUAAACUUGGCAGGAAUAAAGAUUAUCUCAGAUAUAUUCGAGCGAAGGUUGCGGAUGCUCGUUUGCACAGCACGUUAUUUGAUUGUAAAUAUUAUGCGAGUGGAUUGGAAUCACUGUAUAUCAAAAUGUGGCAGUUAUAUAAAAGUGGAAAGAGUACUAUUAAUUUAAAAGCAUUCCAAUAAACAUUGAUAUUGAGCCGAGUUUCAUAUGCAUUAUAGAUCUGGAUUUCAUGAGGGUUCAAAAUACUAAUAUACUGGCAACUUUUAUGUCUCGCCGUCCAGAAACGUCCAUUAAACUAGAAAACGUACAUUUACAUUCGUAAUGCAUUGUAUGAAAAUGGAAUUCAAACGAUAACAAUAAAUUUAGCCUAUAAUUGUGUAUUUACUUAUUAUAUUUGUGACGUCAUUUAUGUGCACGUAUUGGAACUAAA